UAUAUAUUUAAAGUGGAAAUGGUUUGCGACAAAUAUUUUUGAACACCUUAAUAAAGUAAUACAUGACACGACUAACAAUAAUACAACAUGAUAUAAAUAUUAUUUCAUUUUAUUAAAUUUGUAUAAUCGAGGGCAAACUGUACGCGUUCUGGUAUUUUUCGAUAUUACGGUCACAUUUUCCGCCAAAUCGGCGUCGGUUAUACAGAAGAGGAAAGAGAAGGCACAGAGAGGCGAAAACAGAGAGUGCAAAACCAAGCGAAAAAGGCGGCUGCAAACAAUUUAUAUUUUUCGCUUGUGGGGCUAAGAAAAAAAACCUCAAAAUUAUUUCCAACACGCAACCCGCGGGACGCAAGACGCUGACCAAAAUGGCAAUUCAACUGGAUAAAAUUCUAGCGGACAUUGCCAAGGAGAAGGCCUUGCAUCCUAACAAUGGCGGAUCGACCAAGCAGGAACAGGAGGAAGCCUGGGCCAGGAUCGGGCGACUAAACAAGCUAUCCGUUCACGAGACGCGCUCCAUCUUUAUCGUACUCCAAAAGAAGUACGAGCAGGAGAAGGUCAAGGGUAAUUCGUCAUGGAAGCUCUUUGGUCUGAUGCACCAAAUCCACCAGGAGCCCAAAGUAGUGGUCAAGGAGGAGAACGAACAAACACCCAUGGACGAGGUGGAAGAGUAUGAGAUGCUGGAAGUACAGGAGCAGGAGGAGGACGAGGAGGGCCAAAAUUUUGGCCAGCCGGCAAAUUCAACUGGAUCAGCUUCUUCGGACGGUGAGAGUCCCACAAAGUCCCACAGUACCGGCUCACCGGACAAGGAGGAGCGGGUGUACUCCAAACCGAUUGUGGACACUCCACGUCCGACUUUCGAGGAGAAGAAACUGCUGAACACGAUGGCCAACAAUACACCUCGGGCCUCGACAAACAACUCUGUGUCUGUAGCAGCAGCAGCAGUCCUACAAAAGAAGGGUAUCACCGUGAAAAAGGCACCCAGUUCGGUUGCAGCAGCUGUCCAGAAAUCGACACCGGUACAGACGCCUGGCCAAAGUCAGAAAACCCGAACCACUAUCCAGUUGCCCGAGUCAAUAAAGCGCAAACUAUCCGAGGAUUAUACGGCAGGAGCUGGAGCAGGAGCAAGCGGCAGAAAAUUGGCAAAGACCAACAGUACCAAACAAGGUACUGGUGUCAGCAUUCCAGAGCCCACGCAGACUAGUAAUGUGGUGCACACCACCACCGCCCAGCUGAUGCAGGUGAAGAAGGAACGUGAUGACAAUGGUUCGCCACCGCCAGGCAUCAACAUCAUAACUGUACCGUCGGCGCAGCAAUUGAACGGAAGCGGUGGUGGUGGACCAACAUCGUCCACGGCUGCUACCGUUGCAUCCACCUCUGUUGCAUCCACGAACGGCUUUUCGCCGCAUAUCGAAGAACUAGACUUCAAAAACGACAUAAUAUUCGACUCAAAGCUGAACGCCGCCUCCUCGAACACACCCGAGAUUAUUAACCUGGGAAACUUUGAGAACUCGCUGCCGCCCACGUUCUUCAAGAAUCUGUGCAAUUCGUCGCGCCACGAGGCCCUCGGCUUGUACGUUGCCAAUGUGAUGAACCGGCUUUCGUCGCGAGCCUCGGCUAAACUGGAGCUGGGCAUCUUACGCGCCAUUGUCGACGUGCAGAGCGAUGAGCUGGAGCAUUAGGAACAUUUAAGAGCAUCUUCAUUUGACUUGAAUUGACUAAGCGACACAAAUUACUCAACUUAAUUAUUAGAGAAAAAAUUGAAGGUAGUUGUGAAGUCCUGAUUAUACCUUAUCUUGUAUUAUUUAUAAUAAAUUUUUAGAAUGUCCAAGUUGGGUUAGUGUACAAAGUAUUUCGUCACGGUUACUUUCUUUAUGAUUGGUCAUAAAGAGUUGGGAACUGUCUAACUGACUCUGUGCAUGUCUCAACUAUGUUCUAUUUAUUAAUUUUAAGUAUUAAGAUUCCCUAGUAUAAGUUCUAAUGUGUCACUUCAUAUGCGAAUAAAGCUACAUAACUCACUUGAAUUAAGCUCAAAA